AACAACGCAAACGUCAACAGAUCAUAUAUUUAGAGAUACCGAAACUGAAUCCGAGAAGAGAAAGUGAAAGUAGCACGAUGAGUAAGACAUUCCCCGCACGUCCAUCAGUUUCUAGCAGGACCCGCGGAUCUACCAGGGGCCCAGGAAACCAAACUGCCGCCAGGGGUGGGGCUCGAGGACGAGGGACAACCACGGGACGAGGGGCUGUCAACAGUCGGUCAGUUCGGGGCAGAGUAAAUCCGUCACCGAGAGGAGGGAUGUACAAUCCAGGCGAGAUGGGAUCGCAAGGGGGACGGGGAGGAGCAUAUCCCCCUAGACGAGGAGGGACGUUCCCCCCAAGACCUGGCGAGGGGGAAGACGGGGGUGCGACCGGAGCAGAAGGGGGGACGGAACAGACAAUGUCUCAUCAAGGAGGAUAUUCUGUUAUCAGUCCAAAUGAGAAGAAAAGGCAACAGAUUUCUGAGCAGGCACGACGUGAGACAGAAGCCUAUGAGCGACACAAAGCUGAGAACAAGCCUGGCCACGUCUCAUAUCACGGAACAGUAGGAGGAGGGGAGAUGACGGAGAGCGAGGUGAGGAGAAAUAUGGUGAUGAAGAAUGCCAAUGCCAAGUACAGCAUGUUGGAGCAACGGAAAAAGAGAAAGGAGGAAGAGAAGAGGCAUCAGGAGGAAGAGUUCUUGAAGAAGAAGAUGGAUGGCAGAAGGAAGACAGAGGAAAAUAAGCUUCGGGCUGAGAGAGAGGAUGCCAAGAAACAUGAAGAAAUGGACAGAAUUAAAAACAAGUUUCUGGAGAAAUUUGAACAGUCUUCUGCUAAAGCUGUUCCCUCCAAGACCUCAAGUUCCAGUGCUGCCUUUCCACUGGCAUGCCAUGUUUCCCGGAAUACUGGCAGAUGAAUCAAAUGAGACAA